AUUGCCUUUCUUUUCUUUUUUAUUUAUACACAAACUUCUUCACGCCCCAAACGUGGUAACCAUUAACCCUCCUUCAUUCUUCUAGUUACUCUUUCUCUCUCCAACUUCUUCAACUUUCCAAUCUCAAACAAACUUCUCUCUCUAAAUGUUUCGCACAUUUUAGAGAGAGAAAUAACAGUUCUCUAUCCAAAAUAUUUUCGAUGAGAACGUCGUCGUUUGCUAAGUGUACCACUAGCGAAUUAGACUUACCGGAAAAUUUCGAAACAUCAUCGCCGACGGCGACCGGAAGACAUGCUUACGGCGCAAUGUUACCGGUUUUUCUCAACGAUCUCCGUAGCAACCACCACAGAGAGCUCGUUGAGAUAACCUUAGAGCUCGAAAACGACGCCGUCAUUCUCCGCAACAUUGCGGCGGCAUCUUCCGCUCCGAACGCAUCUCCGUCAUCAAGUCACGACGCUGGAGAUGAAGAAGUCGUCUCAAGUGUUGGCGUCGGCAUUAUGAGGAGUCUGUCAAUUACGUCAAAGAUUCGGAAGACGUUCCCGUGGCUGAGGUCGAUGUCUUUGCGAUCAUCGACUUCGUCGUCGGAGAGUAUCGCCGCGGUGGAGGAUCCGAUAACCACGGCGAGAAAUGCACGGAGAAUGAGAGCCGAACUUGAACGGACGAGAUCGAAUGCCGAAAGAGGUUUGAAAGGUUUGAGAUUCAUUAGUAAGUCUGGUGAAGCAAGUGAUGAGUUAUGGAGAAAAGUCGAAGAGAGGUUUGAAUUUCUUGCUAAAGAUGGUUUGCUCCAUAGAGAAGACUUCGGUGAAUGCAUUGGAAUGGAGGAUUCGAAAGAAUUUGCGGUAGGUAUAUUUGAUGCAUUAGCUAGGAGGAAGGAAAGAAAAACAAUGAGCAAGAUAACAAAAGAAGAGUUGCGUCACUUUUGGUUGCAAAUUUCAACCCAAAGUUUUGAUGCCCGCCUUCAAAUUUUCUUUGACAUGGCAGACAGUAAUGAAGAUGGAAGAAUUACUAGGGAGGAAGUACAAGAGCUUAUAAUGCUCAGUGCUUCUGCAAACAAGCUAUCGAAGCUAAAAGAACAAGCUGAAGGAUACGCUGCCUUAAUAAUGGAAGAAUUGGAUCCAGAAAACUUGGGUUAUAUCGAGCUAUGGCAGCUAGAAAUGUUGUUACUAGAAAAAGACAGAUACAUGAACUACAGUAGACAACACAGCAGCACAAGUGUAGGCUGGAGUCAAAACAUGACAAAUUUGAAACCCAAAAAUAAAUUCCACAAAAUCCGCAAGAAACUCCAAUGUCUUGCAUUAGAAUAUUGGAGGAGGGGUUGGAUUUUGUUACUGUGGUUAUUUACCACAUCUUGUCUUUUUACCUGGAAAUUUUACCAAUACAAAAACAGAACAAGUUUCGAAGUCAUGAGUUAUUGUUUACCAAUAGCCAAAGGUGCUGCAGAGACGUUGAAGCUCAACAUGGCUCUCAUCCUUUUACCUGUUUGUCGAAAUACAUUGACAUGGCUUCGCUCCACAACAGUUAGGAAAUUUGUCCCAUUUGAUGACAAUAUUAAUUUUCAUAAGAUGAUAGCAUUUGCCAUUGUUGUUGGAAUAGUUGUCCAUGCAGGCAACCAUCUCGCAUGUGAUUUCCCUCUUCUCGUAAACUCAUCUCCAGAGAAAUUCUCACUAAUAUCUUCUGAUUUCAACAACAAAAAGCCCACAUACAAAACACUUUUGACUAAUGUUGAAGGUGUGACUGGAAUUACAAUGGUUACUUUGAUGGCUAUAUCUUUUACUUUAGCAACUCAUAAAUUCCGGAGAAAUGCAGUAAGGCUUCCUCCACCCAUCAAUGCUUUGACAGGCUUUAAUGCAUUUUGGUAUUCACACCACCUUCUUGGUCUUGUCUACAUUCUUAUGUUCAUCCAUGGUUCUUUCUUGAAUUUAGCCCACAAGUGGUACCAGAAAUCGACAUGGAUGUAUAUCUCUGUUCCGUUGUUGCUGUACAUUGCAGAGCGUACUCUACGAACUCGUAGAUCACACCAUUAUGCAGUAAAAGUUCUCAAGGUUUCAGUGCUACCAGGGAAUGUAUUUAGCUUAAUCAUGUCCAAACCAACUGGAUUCAAAUACAAAAGUGGCCAGUACAUUUUUUUACAAUGCCCAAAAAUCUCUCCCUUUGAGUGGCAUCCAUUCUCCAUUACAUCAGCACCAGGAGACGAGUACUUAAGCGUUCACAUUCGCACGGUAGGAGACUGGACGCAAGAAGUUAAGAUACUUUUCACCGAAGAUGACCACCCGCCUCCUGUUAACUGUCACGCAACAUUCGGCGAACUAAUUCAAAUAGAUCAAAGAGGACAGCCGAAGCUGCUCGUGGAUGGUCCAUACGGAGCUCCAGCACAAGAUUACCAAAAUUUUGAUGUUCUACUUCUCAUAGGAUUAGGAAUUGGAGCAACUCCCUUCAUUAGUAUUCUCAGAGAUCUUCUGAAUGACAAGCGAACGAUUGACGAAUUAACGGACUCAAACACAGAAACAAGUAAAUCAGAUGAGAGCUUCAAUAGUUUCACAUCUUUAAAUGUAACACCAGGAAGAAAUAAGAGAUCACAAAGGACUACAAAUGCUUACUUCUAUUGGGUUACUAGGGAACCAGGAUCUUUUGAAUGGUUUAAAGGUGUAAUGGAUGAAGUUGCAGAAAUGGACCACAAAGGUCUAAUUGAACUGCACAAUUAUCUUACAAGUGUCUAUGAAGAGGGUGAUGCAAGAUCAACCUUAAUCACAAUGAUCCAAGCAUUAAACCAUGCCAAACAUGGUGUUGACAUUCUUUCAGGCACUCGAGUGAGGACACACUUUGCUAGGCCUAAUUGGAAAGAAGUUUUCAAUAAGAUAGCCUCUAAACAUCCGUAUUCUACAGUAGGGGUGUUCUAUUGUGGGAUGCCAGUGCUGGCAAAGGAACUAAAAAAGCUAUCGCUGGAGCUGACCCAUAAGACAACCACACGCUUCAACUUUCACAAGGAGUACUUCUAAAAUCGGAGAUCAAAAUUAAACAACUUUUGUUUAUUCUUUUGUAACUAUCAAUUUAAAGGGGAAAAUGGCACAUAUGUAAUUUUAAUGUGUGAUAUACAAAUACAAACACCAAAUCUAAUAAAAGAGAAAAAUAUACAAAGAUUUUAGUGUAUAGCAAACACCCCCUUCAUGAAUGUUUUGCACAUGGCAAAAUUUCAUUUAGCUGCCAUACAAGCAUAGUACAACUACAAACACAUCUGAACAUGUGUCCGAUCAAAGUGUUAUGCAAACUUUAAGGCCCAUAGGGUGUGUUGUUGUCUAGAUAUAUGAAGUGCUUCAAAUAUCUGCCAUAAGAAUUGUUGAGAAUAAUAUAAAUAAAUAUUUUGAGAGUA